UGACCAAUUAAAAGAGCUAGAAUUAAAUGUCAACAGAGGCGGCUGGGAUCAUUUUAUUUUUUUGGCACGGAAGUUUCUUCGUUCAAGUUAUUAUAAGCAGGUAUGGAAUGAUGAGUACUGAAAUAGCAUUGUAGAGAGAGAUGUCGAAAGUGAAGGUGCUAGGAUUCUGGUAUAGCCCCUUUGUGACAAGAGUGAAAAUGGCCCUAAAAAUGAAAGGUGUGGAAUUCGAAUACAUUGAAGAAAAUAGCAGAAGCAAGUCCCAUCUUCUUCUGCAAUCCAAUCCAAUUCACAAAAAAGUGCCAGUUUUGUUGCACGAUGGGAAGCCCAUAGUUGAAACGAUGAUCAUUCUUGAAUACAUCGACCAAACUUGGGAAGGUCCAUCCAUUCUGCCUCGCGAUCCUUAUCAAAGAGCCAUGGCUCGUUUCUGGGUCAACUUCAUCGAUGAAAAGUGUAUGAAUACAAUGUUGAAAGCAUGUUGGCGCACAGGAGAGGAGCAAGUGAAGUUCAAGGAGGAAGCAAUAGAAGCACUCCAAUUCCUAGAAAAUGAAAUAAAGGGCAAAAAAUAUUUUGGAGGAGAAGAAAUUGGCGUGGUAGAUCAUGCCGCUAAUUUCAUUGCCUUUUGGUAUCCCAUUGUUUCAUCAGGAUUCCAACUCAUGACUGAGGAAAAAUUUCCUAAUAUGUGUAGAUGGGCUCGUGACUAUUGCAACGAUAGCUUUGUUAAGGAAAAUCUACCGCCUAGAAGUGAUAUGGUAUCCAAAUUUAUGCGUGGAUAGAUUUAUGUUGAGAUCCUACUUGCAUAAAUUAUAUUUGAUGUAUUAUUUAUAGUCUAAUUUUGUAUUCGAUCACAAACAUUAAUUCAAUGUAUUUGCUUAAACUGAUGGUGGAUUAGAUAUAGAGCCGAUUUCUUGAGUCAAUGACAUGAUUAUUGUUGAUUCCGAGCGAUGUUUGAUUUUUUAGAAUAUAAAUUGUUUGUUGGUUUGCAUUU